GAGGAUUUUGUACUGCUACUCAUCUGGUGAAAAGCUGCUUUUUAACUCCACUGAUUCUUACACCAAUUCUGCGAAAAAUGACAACGGGCUGUUCCUUUGGACUAAAUCCUUGUGGGUUCUUUAUAAUGAGCCGACGGAGGAUAUCCUGCAAAGAGCUGGGGCAAGCCGAUUGCCAAGGAUGGCUCUACAAAAAGAAGGAAAAAGGAGCUUUCAUUGGCAACAAAUGGAAAAAGUUCUGGUGUGUGCUAAAGGAGUCAUCUCUGUAUUGGUACAGCAGUCAGCUGGCUGAAAAAGCAGAAGGAUUUAUAAGACUUCCAGACUUCAGUGUGGAUCGAGCAAUUGAAUGCAAAAAAAAGCAUGCUAUUAAGAUCAGCCACCCACAGAUCAAGACAUUUUAUUUUGCAGCAGAAAAUGUUCUGGAAAUGAACACGUGGCUAAGUAAGCUGGGAAUGGCUGUAGACCCUCAGGCACCAAACAGGAGGAAUGAGGAAGAAUGCUACAGUGAAAGCGAGCACGAGGAUCCAGAAAUAACAGACACGCCACCUCCACCCUACAGAGCCCAGACACCACCUCCUCCUUCGCAGGAUCAGCAGAAGUCAUCAUUCACCUCAACUCUGUCAAGUGAAGCAUCUUGUUCUCUCUCCUCUCCUGAAAGCACUUUCAACUCCCAGGAAUCAUCGUCUUCCUUGGCAUCCAAAGUGGUUUAUUCUGAGAGGCAGUCCUGGCUUGACCUGGUUAGCAGCUCUGCCACAGAGGAGGGUGAUCAGCCUUUAACGUUCUGCGUACAGAUCCAUUCUGAUGAGCCCCCAGAAGUGGUCUGUGGAGAUGCAUCAGAAGGCCAGGAAGUCAGACUCUCUGAACCCAAUGGUGGAUCCCAAACCUCUUACCUAAGUGCGGAUACACAUUUUCUAGCUGUGCCAGAUGCAGCAGGACAGCGAUCACUAGCCAAAGACCAGGAAAAAUGUGAUGAUGAUGAUGAGAUGGAGCGACUUUACAAGUCAUUGGAGCAAGCAAGCCUGUCUCCCAUUGGUGAUCGUCGGCUGUCAACUAAGAAGGAGCUUAGGAAGUCAUUUAUCAAGCGCAGCAAAAACCCCUCCAUUAAUGAGAAACUCCACAAAAUUCGAAUGCUGAACAGUACAUUAAAGUGUAAGGAACAUGACCUGGCCACAAUUAACCAGUUGCUAGAGGACCCAAAGUUGACAGCAGUGAAGUACAGAGAGUGGAGGAGCACAAACAUCAUGCUGGUCCAAGAUAUUUAUCAACAGCAGGAGGCCCGGGAUGUGUCCACAGGGAAUAGUGAGGAGCAAGAGAUGACUCCACAGCCAAUCACUGAAAGUGCAAUUUGAUCAAUGGCACAUGGCAAGAUUUUUCUUCACGGGUCUUCAUGUGUGAGCAAUUUAAGCUGCUGUAUCUUGGGGUUUGUUUUUCACAAGUGUGUUUCAAAAGGAAAACAACCCAUUCUCCAAAGUUUUGAAUGGUCUUGCACAACUCGUUUAUUCUCAAAAGGGCAACUUCCCCGAGCUUGCCCAAGUUCCCCAAAAAAGCAUGCCUAAACACGGCCUGCAUAUGUAAGAAGACUAUUUAAAAAAGCAGCAAAGAAACGUUUUUCAGUUUCUGAAGAAAAUUAGAAGUGUCCAUAUCCUGGAGGACACAGAACUAUGUAAUAUAUACUGUAUAAAUAUGAAAUCCUUGGAAUUGCUUUAACCAUACAACUUACCUUGAAAUGAAGCUAAACUGAUACCAACAGGAUGUAGCCUACUGUACCUUUUUGCCCUCUAAGGUAACCCAACGUAUACAUUUUUGUCUCUGCACCCAUUUACUUUCACCACUCUACCAGUUUAAGCCGCAACAAAUGGAAGAGUAAUUAUGCAUGAGUUCAUACUGUAGACAGCUGCCAGGCAUCCAGUUUGGGCUCUGCCUGAUGUUUUAUGAGUUUCAAAUUUAUUUAUGGUCCAGACCAAGAAGGUACUGUCUUUCUACAUGAAGAAGAGGUCUCAGUUUUUGCUAACAUGUAAUUUACUCUUCAGUGAGACAAGUUUCAACUUUUCUUAUGGAUUUGGAAGAAUUCCUUGGAAGAUUAUGUUCUUCUUUCUUAUUUUUGACAAUUGGGAGUGUAUAAGGUACAAGUUCAUCCCAGAGUCCAACUUGAGGAAGGUGAUCAUAUUGACAAACCAGAAGCUAAAUAACUAAACUCCUAAUGUGGACCUGGAAGUUUAAAACAAAGCUGCAAGUAUUUUUGUAAAUAUACGUAAUUUUAUGGCUUAUAUGAAUGUGACUAUGUACUGUAUAGAUGUUUUAUUUAUAUAUUUAUAUAUGCUGAAUUUCCUAAUAUAAAUAUGCCCAUGUGGACCAAGCCUAGCUGCAAGCACUUAGAGAUUGACUUGAAAUGCCUCUUUAUUUUGUGUUCCCCCAUUGUAGAGCACAGUAGUGGCUCUAGAGCUGAGACUACCCUGAGAUAUCUGCUGUGACUUUUUCUUGUGCUUUUCUAGCUUUGAGUUUUAGAUGAAGAAAAUCUGUAUGACUUAGGACCUUAAAAAAGUUUUCUAGAAAGUUUCAAAAUUUCCAUUUGGGGAAAAAAAUAAGAGGUUUUGCUGCAGGAUUAGGAUUUUUUGGCUUCAUUGUCCUCAGUACAAGGUUUUGGGCUUUUGUCUUCCCCUCUUCUGCAGUGUAAAGAAUUUUGCAAAGUGCUGAAUUUUGAAAAGCAAAAAUUAGUCCACCAUUUCCAAAUUAAUGCCAGUACAGGAUCUGUGACAAUCUGCACUUCUGUUGCUAUUUCAUAAAGAUAUUCUUUGCCAUUAGUUUUCAAUACGGUUUAUAUUUUAAAGAAAAAUACUCUAUAGAGAUGCAGCCAUAUUCAUCUGUCUUUAUACAUUUUAUGUUUUAUCAUAGCUUGAUUGAGAAAACAAAAGAUAAGGAUAUUAGCGGGAAACAUAUGAAAUCUUUUCCACCUCUGUAGUGAUUGGUUUGUCCAUUGAUGUUACAUUUUUAAUACUCAGAAGCUUUUCUUUUUAGAUAGAGGCAAGGAAAUAGAUGAAAAUGACUAAAUGGGGAAGCAGACACAAAACCAUGGAUGGUUAAAAAGCUAUUCUUUUCAGGAAAUCAUCAUAUGAGUGGUGAUUUAAUCACUUCACUAAUUCUAACUAAAAGUUAAGCAAGCUUAAUGCCUGGUGCAAUUUGGUUUGGAGUAAUCAACUCCAAACUUUGCAUCUUAAAAAUUGAACCCAUUUUUAGCUUACUUUUUUUGUUAUGCUUUUUUUUUUGUUGGUUUUUUUUUUUUAAAUAAUUCUUCCACUAUUUCCGUUGAAAUGCUGUCAAUUCACUGAAAAUUAGGAGUGUAGGGAUUAAUCUGCUUGGUCCUUUUCAUUUUUAACUACCUGGUGCUAAGUAAUUGAGAAAUAUUGAAGGUCAAAUUGCAUGUACAUUUUCUAUCACACAUAUGAGUUUCUCGCAAAACAAAGCACGUAAACACCAUUUUCCUUCAAAAGCAUCUUCACUUAGAUGUUGAAAAGAAGCACAUGCUUAAGCGGCCUGUGGAGGUGGGCCAGGCAAGUCAGUGCCUUGCAGUUCUGAGCAAAGUCCGAGUCAAUUCCAUUAUCUGAGGUAGAUUUGCAGUAUACAGAAAAAAGCCCAUGUGGUCUGUACAUGCUGUGUUGUCUCUUUUCACACUGCACUGGUAUAAGCAUAUACAAAACAGCUUCCUCAAAUCUAGAGACAAAGAGAUGCCCUUGGACUCUACUCAACUCUGCCUUCAAACUCUACUAUUGGUUCUGACAGUUUACAGAGCCCAAAAUUGCUUUUAAAUUACUGUCUUUCAGAUGGUCAGUAGAUACUUAUUGUUGAACUAUUGAGGUUUUGAAGACCUGCUGAGAGUGGGCUCUAUCACCAGUUGGAAAAGAACAGAAAAUUCUUGAAUGGGGUUACUGUCGUCCCAGCUAUAAAUUUAACGAUUAUUUUUUGUUCAGGAAAACAAAUGUGUGGGAUUUAUGCAAGUAAUGUGCAGGAAGUCUAACUCCACUCUCUUCAGCUACUAUUUAGACUCAAAAUAAUGGAAAGCGUGGAAAAUGCAAAGUGAAAAUUGCAGUGAAACAGGAUUAAUUUUCUGGCAUUGCUAAUUACAGUGACAGUUUUUGCCUGGGUUUAUCAGCAGCGUGAAAGCCAUAAUCAGAGACAGAAUUACGCACAAGCUGGCAGCUACAGCAGGGAGCCACCUCUACAGGAGAAAUUUGGACAAGUCUGUGCUCUGCUCAGUGAUGCUUGGAGUAACUGCUAUUUCUUGGUCUGGAUUUGGAAGACCUGCACUAUUGACUCGUAGCAUAGGGAGCUGUGCAUCCCUAGUGUGUGAAUGUCAAGAAGUCUUUAACCAUCUGCCUCAAGGGACAUGUUUUAUAUACUUUUUUUGGGUGAAAGUAUGUGUGUGUGGAUAUGUGCACAUGCACAAUUUUUCCUCUGUAAAGCAGUUGGUGCAGCAAGUCAAGCAAUGGAGAUUUUGGAAUUCCUGGUAACAAUAUCUAAUUCCAACUGUUUCUGCAACUUUUCUGGAUAUCAAAUCUCUCUGUUCUGGUGGUGUACAUCUCAUGAGAUACCAGAAUGAGGUGGGGUCACAUUUCCUUUCCUAUGAUGGAAGAGAUUUCAUGUGGGGAUUGUGAAUAAUUUUUACAUGUAUCUCUGAUGAUUCAAUCAAUACUAGGGUUUCACCUUGUCAUGGUUUUGAGUGCAGCUGGAGAUGAAACGCCAUGCAGUUGCUUGCUCAGCCCCCCUCUCUUUUCUUUCCCCAUCCCUGUGUAAUGGGGAGCAGAAUUGAAGUAAAACUUAUAUGCUGUGACAAGAAUGGUUUUAUAAUUUAAAAUAAAAUAAAAUACAGCAACAAUAAUGGUAAAUCAUAGCAAUGAUAAUAAAAAGGAAAGAAACCCAAACAAGUGAUGAGCCCACUGACCUGCCAGACCCCUCUUCCCAAACCCUUGUCAACCCCCACUUCCAGGUAGCUCUCUCUGGUUUGUGUACCUGGCAUGAUGUUCUGUGGUGUGGAAUAUCCCUUUGGUCAGUUUGAGUCACCUGUCCCAGCUAUGCUCCCUGCAGUGUGGGUUUUUGUGUAUUUCCUCACAUGAGAAUGAGACAAGGAAAAAUGUCCUUGACUUAGUAAAAGCACAUCUUAUCAAAAACCCAAAACUUCAGUGUGUUAUCAAUACCAUUCUCAUUCUGAAUCCAAAACACAGCACUGUAACAGCUACUGAAGAAGAAAUUAACUCCACCCUAGCUGAUACCAGGAAUAAACAGGAAUAAAUAAUGUGCUACUUCUCUUUUUUUUAAAUAGUUUGAGUUUUGGAGGAAUCCAUCCUAUUGAGAGAAAAGGCUGGUUUGAGAAGUCAAGGAGGAAGGGAAAGAAAAAACUUGGUGUUUGAUUUAAAAUGCUGUGGAAUUUCAGAAUUUAAAAUGAUUUCUAACUUAGAAAAAUUAUGUGUGUAUUAUGUCUAUUUGUGUGAGCCUGUAAGCUUACAUGUCUGUUACAGAUUUGAUACCAAAACCUGUGUUUUUAAACUUUUCAUGUAGCAAAGGAGCCCAUGUAAGCUUACUUUUAUGAGGGGAACUCCAUGUACCGUGAUUGGAUUUUGGACUUUUUUUUCACUUUUUUGCCUCUUUAGUCAUACAAAAGCAACAAAUUGUAACCAAGUGAGGGCCUGAGUUCAUUUAUAUGAGACAUGUCUUUCUGCUAACAGGAAGCCAAAGUGGUUUUCUUACAGUAGUAGAGCCAAAGUGGAAUUUCCUGUUUUGUGUGGGGCAUUUCAAAGCAGCAGACAUUUUAAGAUGUCAGUGAGCAUUUCCUCGAUGUUUGAAGAUUUAUCCCAUUUUGGCUUGCUUCAAGCUGCAACAUUAUUGCAUUUUUUAAAAACUGCCUUCAUUCUGAACUGAAACAAAAUUUGAGGUGGGAAAAGGAAAAUAGAACUGAACAAUCUUGAAGCUAAGAUCAUGCUGAAAUUCACAUCUCUGCAUAGGGUAGUAGGAGCUGAGCUUGCCAAAAGCUAAGCAUUUCAGCACUGAAAAAUGAUUGUAAGGUGUUGAAAAGAGUACUACAUUCCUUGAAAUUUGCUAUGGGAGAAGUUCCAAGACCUGUCUGCUCUGGAAAAUUUAAUAUUUUCCUAAUUUAUUUCCUCUGGAUAAAAAUCCAAAGGGAGUAGUUUAUAAGAUGGCAGCAAGUUAAAGAUGAAAUGUGCAUGUAAUUCAUUGAUAGCUCAACAGCCUUGAUGUAUGAUCUGGAAAUGGUUGACUUUAGAUUACUCAGCCUGUAACACAGAAAAUCCAUUUCAUUGGGAAAGUGUUGUAGCUACCAGUGUCUGAAGCUGAUUCACUCCAUCUGGUCCACGAGGUCCAUUUUGAAGAUGUAGGUGAAUGACCAUUCUAUAGGGCAAAUAGUUUGUGUCAUCAUACCAUAGCUUAGGAACCACUCUCUUUGUCCUAGAUGCCUUAGGACCUGCCCAAAUUAUUCUGACUCUUGAAGUUGCUUGGGACAGUUUUAUCUUCUACCAAGUAAAAAUAAAAAAGAGGAUAUGAAAACACAUCUCCCACUCGCACAUGAAUAAAAACUAGCUCUAGUCUAGCAGAGAUUAAUGUAAGUCACAUUAUUUAUGAGUGUUUAGCAAAAUAACUCACCUGGUGAAAAUCCAAUUGUGCAUGCAAAUAGCAGUACUCUUGUACUUUCAGCUUUCAGUGCUGAGGUCUGGCCCAAAGGAAGAAUGGGUGUGUCUGUCCCACUGUGUUCUGUGUAGAGAGGAAAGGUCAUGCACACAGGAAUAUUUCCCCUGGACUAUCUAUAUUUCCAAGGACUUCUGUUAAGCAGUGGCAGAGCCUGCAGCACCAUGAAAGUACAUGGAAUCCAAAUUCGGUAUUUUAUUUGCUGAGUAUUUUUUUUUCCUUCAUUGGUUUAAAACUCGCAGCACAAUGUUGGCGUUCAGCGCUGCCUUUUUACUGCUUGUUGCCUACACGUGUGAAUUGAUUUUCAUGGAAUGAUACACACAUCUUGCAGAAUGAGGGCCUUAUGUUUGCACUUGUCAAUUAAACACUGAAAUGAGAGAA